AUGGCACUGAGCGAAAAUUGCAAAACGCAACCUACAAAAGAGCAAGGCUCAGUGCAAAACCCUCCGUCGGACGUUAUUGAGCUAAACGUGGGUGGUCAGGUGUAUUACACUCGCCAUGCCACCUUGACAAGCUUUCCAAAUUCUUUGCUUGGGAAGCUGUUCUCUAACAAGAGGGGGUCUUCAAAUGACUUGUCCCGAGACCUUAGAGGGCGUUAUUUUAUUGACAGAGAUGGCUUUCUGUUUCGGUAUGUAUUGGAUUACCUUAGAGACAAGCAAGUUGUCCUCCCUGACCACUUCCCCGAGAGGGGAAGGUUGAAAAGAGAGGCGGAAUACUUCCAGCUGCCAGAAUUGGCCAAACUUUUGUCAUCCGAUGAUUCAAAACUAGUUCCAGAGGACUUGUACCACAGUGAUUUCGAUGAUGCGUCGCUGGGCAGCGACCAGAUGUUUUACCCCUCUUUCUCCUUGGACAGGAGGUAUGGCUACAUCACGGUCGCUUUUAAAGGCGUUUGCGCCGGGGCAGGCAGACCAAGUCAAACUGAUGCCAAGGCGAAAAAGUUCCCGAGGAUCUUCAUCAGCAGUAGGAUUGGCUUGGCGAAAGAGGUAUUUGGAGACGCCCUGAAUGAGAAUAGGGAUUCGGACAGACCACCCGACCGUUACACCUGCAGGUUUUACCUCAAGUUCAAGCACCUGGAGAGAGCUUUUGACAUGCUGUCAGAGAGUGGCUUUCACAUUGUGGCCUGCAAUUCGUCCCUGACCGCGUCCUCCAUCGGUCAUUACGCGGAUGACAGGGUCUGGUCCAAUUACGCACAGUACAUCUUCUACCGUGGGCCCUCAAGGUGGUUGUCCUCUCACUGUGACUGCUGCUGCAAGAGCCACAAAAGUGAGCGUGAGGGAGAGAGCGGCACGUCCUUCAACGAGCUCUCCACUUCCUGUUCUGAGACCCAGUCAGAGGCCAGUUCCCCUCAAGGAACCGUGAUCUGUGGCCCCGUGAGACACCAGUCCAACAUCCAGACACUGGACCGUCCCAUGCCUAAAGGACCAGUGCACAUGCUGCAGCAGGCAGAGAUGCGGCGCAAGACUGACAUGCUCCGCGUGAGAACCUUCGGGGUCCGAGAAAGAGAGGCCGCAAAGAGGAAAGCGAACAAGGAGAAGCUGACUCCAGAGCAGGAGAUGGAGAAAUGCAUCCAGGACUUCCGCCGCAUUAGGAUUCCUGAUCACUUUCCGGAAAGGAAGUACAUGUGGCAAUCAGAGCUCCUGAGAAAGUACCGUCUCUAAAUGUGAGUGUAAAGAAGACAGGAGAAAGAGAAGGAGAGCUGCAGUAUCAUGUCACCAUAAAGAGUUUUAACUGCAUAUAGACGGCAAUAGACUGCACCUUCCACGACACAUUCUGUAU